GACAAUACAAACAUAACCACAAUAAUGGAUUUAAAAAUAAAUAUUUUUUCAACUUAAAUCACUCUUUGAACAAAAAGUAUUAAUACAUUUUAUAAUGAAAAAUAGUGAAUCUGUAAUGUAGGUGAUUCAUAUAUAUAAGUGCAGAAGUCCGUUGAUCUAUUCUAGUCCUAAAAUAAUGUGAUAGAAUCGAGUUCUAAUAUUAGAAAAAUCAAUAACCUUCCUUACUUAUUAAAAUGGAUCAUAAGGGUAAAUUGGUAAAGAAGACCGGAUUUAGCAGUUUUUUACUCCCCAGUAAAAUCCCCAAUAAAGUGGGGGUAGCAGCAAUAGGUAGAAGUCAAAGUGCUCGAGACCAGAAUACAAGAUAUCUGACAUCUGUGGAGGCAAAUACAAAUAUUGCUAUCUCCAAAAGGCCAUUGAGCUUUGAGGUGAAAAAUAAAAACAUGCAUAAUGUGAAUGCUAAUGGCCAAUAUAAUUUAAAUGUUCCAAAUAAUCUAGAUAGGAAAAACAGUCUCUCUGAUAGUAAUUUAUGUGAUUCAGCAAAUGCUGAUAGUUCUUAUAAUGUAGACAAUAAAUUAGAAGAAAGGAGUACUUCACAUGAAAGUAUUUUCAAGGAAGUAUCUACUUCCUUGUAUCAUAUUCCAACAAUGAAAGCUAGACAGAGAAACUUUCUACAGGGUAAAGUAGCAGCUAAUUCUCUCCUAGGUGCAAAUGAAUUAGACAGAACAUGUCCCAAUAGGGAGCUGACCAUAUUUGUUGGUACCUGGAAUAUGAAUGGUCACUCCCCACCAAAGGAAUUGAAUGAUUUUGUUUUACCGGUCAGUAUGGAGCAUGUUCCAGAUAUUCUUUCAUUUGGUACCCAAGAAUCUACCUCAGAAAGAUAUGACUGGGAAGUGAGUUUACAAGAGACAAUCGGUCCUUCGCACAUUUUAUUCCAUUCAGCUUCACUAGGUACUCUCCACUUAGUAACUUUUAUCCGUCGUGAUUUGAUAUGGUAUGUAUCAGUACCUGAAGAUGCAAGUUUGUCGGUACGUCCAGGCAGUGCAUUUAAAACGAAAGGUGCGGUAGCUACUUCCUUCAUGGUAUUCGGAACAUCCUUUUUAUUCGUAACAGCACAUUUGACAGCUCAUCAAGAGAAGGUUAAAGAAAGAGUGUCAGAUGUCAAGAAAAUCGUCAAUAGUCUGGACCUACCAAAGAAUUUGCCUUGCAAAAAUAAAAGCAAAGGAUACUUGCACAGCAAUAAAAGGACAUUCUGAAAUGAUUAUCUAGUAAACUUUCAGUAAGAUAAGUAAAAUUUAUGUACCUUUUUAAUCGAAAUAGUCAAACUAGGCUCGUCGAGAGAAAAUCUGGGAAGCAAAAUGCCUCUACCCCAUUACAAAAAUGUAUGACAACUCUGCCGACACCUGAGCCGCUUUCUUGCCUCAUUUGUGUUACUAGGAGUAACUCGGAGCUACCCCCCACCUGUCAAUACCGUUUCAGUUCUCUAGAGUGUCAUGCACUUGAGCAACUCAUUUUUGAAAUUCCCUACCCCCUCAUGCACCAGCUUUUUAUUCGGUGUUAUAUGCUCCGUAAUAGUGGGGAGUGGGGAUAACGAAAAUGACAAUGUGUCAAGAUUGUUAGGUUACGUUUUUUCAUCUUUUUUGUUGUUACAUUAAACCGAUACCAUACAAUGGAUGAUGGUAAAAAACUGAUAAUGUAGGUUUGAGAUGCUCCCGAAUAACAAAGAUCAAAAGAGAGUGCAAGAAUGCAGGCUCAUAGUGGGCUUCAUCUAUAACUAUAUAGACACUUUGAAACUAAUUUUGAAUGUAUACACUUAAAUAUGAAUUCGACACAUUUAUACAGAAGCUUUACAAUGAAAAUGCCGACCUCUGUCUGUUGCGCCAUCAUUCUAAAAGCAUCAUCAGGCAUCAAUUGGAUAAUCUGACAGUGCUUCAGAGAAUAAAGGCAAAAUGUGUUUACAUUUCAAUGUUUGGCAGUGUGAUACCAAUUGUCAACGUCAAAGUAAAACAUAAAAAACAGCUUAUGUUUUUAUCGUCGCGUUCCCGUGCACAUUUGCUAGAGCAGUUCGGGAGCUUCACACUCCGGGUGCAUACAACUCUCAAUUCCAAAGUGCUGGAAAGCGACUCAGAUGAAAUUUAAAAAACUAUGGCACUUUUUCGUUACUAUCAUCAAACAUUGUACUCAAAUCUCGACAAAACCCAAAUGUACCUUUAGAUUUAUAGAUGGGCUAGAAAAAAUUGUAUUCUCUCCUACAAAAUCCGAAUAGUAUUGUUUUAUGUACCCGACUUCUGCCAAACGGCAGUACCAUUCACGAGACCCGAGAAUGUUCGACGAAUGAUUUUUUGUUCCUACUUAGAUAAAGAGGCAUCCGAAUGGGGAACACUGUAGUGGGACAUUGCCGCGCUACUCAAGUUGAGUGCAAAAAUGCGCGUUAUGGAUGGACUUGCCUAAGCCCGCGGCUCCGCUCGCGUGAAGUACUGUAAAAUAUAGGUCGUUCGUUUUUCGUUAGUGUGAAGGAGAUUGUUUCAGACAAAGAAAUGCUAUAUUCAAAGUAAUGCAAUAGUUACUCUGGCAAUGGAUAUUACAUUUUAGUCCAACAAUAAAUUAUUAUUAAAUGUGCAACCACAAUAAAUAGUACUUGAAAUAUCUCGCACCCUAUGUGGUAUAUCUUAACGUGUAAUGUAACAAGUGUACCUAUAGUGAUCCAUUGGAUUACUAUUCCAUGUUGUAUUAUCUGUAGCGUAAAUUUAUAGAUUUUUCGGGAGUUACUAUCAUGGCGCAAGCUAUAUUACUCCUUUGCCAAAGAUUGAAUUUGCGUAUUCCUGGCUUUUCAAAAACUACCAAGUAACAAUGAAUCACACAAAUUAUAACUUAUCUAAGCCGAUAACUAUGACUAAUCUAUUUAAACUUUAAAGCACACAACUAACCUAAUAAAAGUUUAUUUACAGAGCGUACUUAAAGUAAACCAAAUGGCAAACCAAUAAAUCAAAAUCAAUUUCGUAUUUACCGAUCAAGGCUUUUAAUGAGAAUGGACCGAACUGACAAUCAACUAAGAACAGUAUUUUAAACCUAUAAGCACACCACAAACACAUUACUACAAUAUGAACAGAACACAGCUAUCCAAAUCCAAUAACUAUUUAUUCACAAUAUUAUACUUGAAGUGAGAUUUAACAUCAAAUAAAUGUAAACAAUCCCAGGGGGCUGCACGUGUUAACGUGCUUUUUGCCAAACUUGUGUCCCCCUCGAAAACAAAAUCGACGUGUCUGAGUGUUUUUCAAAAAAAAACCUGAGCUGCCAGCAAAUGCGCCUGUUUCGUUUUCGAUGCGCCACCCUGUAUGUAAUCAAAGCUUUAUUUCAAUCAAUGGCCAAAAAGACCACCAUUCUGACGGAAGUGCGGCAUCUUUUUAAUAAAGAAAAACGUGUUUCCGCAAAAUUUGUUGUGUUAUGGCUUGAAUUUCAUGAAACGCAUUAUCUAUUCUUUCUUGUAACUGAUCAGCAGUAUUAAUUUGUUCAGCAUACAAUAGUUGUUGAUAAUCGCCCCA